AUGUCGGAGCCCGGUGGCGGCGGCGGCGGCGGCGGCGAGGACAGCUCGGCCGGCCUGGAGGUGUCGGCCGUGCAGAAUGUGGCCGACGUGUCGGUGCUGCAGAAGCACCUACGCAAGCUGGUGCCGCUGCUGCUGGAGGACGGCGGCGAGGCGCCGGCCGCGCUCGAGGCGGCGCUGGAGGAGAAGAGCGCCCUGGAGCACAUGCGGAAGUUCCUGUCCGACCCUCAGGUCCACACGGUGCUGGUGGAGCGCUCCACCCUCAAAGAGGACGUUGGUGAUGAAGGAGAAGAGGAGAAAGAAUUCAUUUCCUAUAACAUCAACAUAGACAUUCAUUAUGGGGUUAAGUCCAACAGCUUGGCCUUCAUUAAACGGACCCCCGUGAUCGAUGCAGACAAACCAGUGUCGUCUCAGCUCCGGGUCCUCACCCUCAGCGAAGACUCGCCGUACGAAACGUUGCAUUCUUUCAUCUGCAAUGCCGUGGCUCCUUUCUUUAAGUCCUACAUCAGAGAGUCUGGCAAGGCAGACAGGGAUGGUGAUAAAAUGGCUCCAUCAGUGGAGAAGAAGAUUGCAGAGCUUGAAAUGGGGCUCCUUCACCUGCAGCAGAAUAUUGAGAUUCCAGAGAUCAGCCUGCCCAUCCACCCGAUUAUUACCAAUGUGGCAAAACAGUGCUAUGAGCGGGGAGAAAAGCCCAAAGUGACUGACUUUGGAGAGAAGGUUGAAGACCCAACUUUUCUCAAUCAGUUGCAGUCUGGAGUUAACCGCUGGAUCCGGGAAAUCCAAAAGGUGACCAAACUCGAUCGAGAUCCUGCGUCAGGAACUGCCCUGCAGGAAAUCAGUUUCUGGCUGAACUUGGAGCGUGCGCUGUACCGCAUCCAGGAGAAGCGGGAGAGCCCCGAGGUCCUCCUCACCCUGGAUAUCUUGAAGCACGGCAAGCGCUUCCAUGCCACAGUCAGCUUUGAUACCGACACAGGUCUAAAGCAGGCCUUGGAGACUGUGAAUGACUACAACCCUCUAAUGAAGGACUUUCCUCUGAACGAUCUCCUGUCUGCCACGGAGCUGGACAAAAUCAGGCAGGCCCUUGUCGCCAUUUUCACCCAUUUGCGAAAGAUCCGAAACACAAAGUACCCCAUUCAGAGGGCGCUGCGUUUGGUGGAGGCGAUUUCAAGAGACCUGAGUUCUCAGUUACUCAAGGUGCUGGGAACUCGGAAACUGAUGCAUGUCGCUUAUGAGGAAUUUGAAAAGGUCAUGGUGGCGUGCUUUGAAGUUUUCCAGACCUGGGAUGACGAGUAUGAGAAACUGCAGGUGCUGCUGAGGGACAUCGUGAAGAGAAAGAGGGAGGAGAACCUGAAGAUGGUGUGGCGGAUCAACCCUGCCCACCGGAAGCUCCAGGCGCGCCUGGACCAGAUGCGGAAGUUCAGGCGCCAGCACGAGCAGCUGCGAGCUGUGAUCGUCCGGGUCCUCAGGCCGCAGGUCACAGCAGUUGCACAGCAGAAUCAAGGGGAGGUGCCCGAACCCCAGGAUAUGAAAGUUGCAGAGGUUCUCUUUGAUGCUGCCGACGCAAAUGCCAUCGAGGAAGUCAACCUUGCUUACGAGAACGUCAAGGAAGUGGACGGGCUUGAUGUCUCCAAGGAAGGCACGGAAGCCUGGGAGGCUGCGAUGAAGAGAUACGAUGAGAGGAUCGACAGGGUGGAGACCCGGAUCACUGCUCGCCUCCGUGACCAACUUGGCACCGCCAAAAAUGCUAACGAGAUGUUCAGGAUUUUCUCCAGGUUCAAUGCGCUGUUUGUCAGGCCGCACAUCCGCGGGGCCAUCCGCGAGUACCAGACCCAGCUGAUCCAGCGCGUGAAGGACGACAUCGGGUCUCUGCAUGACAAGUUCAAGGUGCAGUACCCACAGAGCCAGGCGUGCAAGAUGAGCCACGUGCGUGACCUGCCCCCCGUGUCGGGGUCCAUCAUCUGGGCCAAGCAGAUAGACAGGCAGCUGACGGCCUACAUGAAGCGUGUGGAGGACGUCCUCGGCAAAGGGUGGGAGAACCACGUGGAAGGGCAGAAACUGAAGCAGGACGGGGACAGUUUCCGCAUGAAGCUCAACACUCAGGAGAUCUUCGACGACUGGGCCCGGAAGGUGCAGCAGCGCAACCUGGGGGUCUCUGGGCGCAUUUUCACCAUCGAGAGUGCGCGUGUCCGAGGCCGGACUGGCAAUGUCCUGAAGCUGAAGGUGAACUUUCUCCCCGAGAUCAUCACACUCUCCAAAGAAGUCCGGAACCUCAAGUGGCUCGGUUUCCGCGUCCCGCUGGCGAUUGUGAACAAGGCCCAUCAGGCAAACCAGCUCUACCCGUUCGCCAUCUCGCUGAUCGAGAGCGUGCGCACUUACGAGCGGACCUGCGAGAAGGUGGAGGAGCGUAACACCAUCUCGCUCCUGGUGGCCGGCCUCAAGAAGGAGGUGCAGGCCCUGAUCGCAGAGGGCGUCGCCCUGGUGUGGGAGUCCUACAAGCUCGAUCCCUACGUGCAGCGCCUGGCGGAGACCGUGUUUAACUUCCAAGAGAAGGUGGACGACCUGCUGAUCAUUGAAGAGAAAAUCGACCUGGAGGUCCGCUCCUUGGAGACGUGCAUGUAUGAUCACAGGACGUUCUCGGAGAUCCUGAACAGAGUCCAGAAAGCGGUGGACGACCUGAACCUGCACUCCUACUCCAACCUGCCCAUCUGGGUCAACAAACUGGACAUGGAGAUUGAAAGAAUACUGGGUGUUCGCCUGCAAGCUGGCCUAAGAGCUUGGACACAAGUCCUUCUUGGACAAGCGGAAGACAAAGCAGAAGUUGACAUGGAUACGGACGCCCCUCAAGUCAGCCACAAACCUGGCGGAGAGCCAAAGAUCAAAAAUGUUGUCCACGAGCUGAGAAUAACCAAUCAGGUGAUCUACCUGAACCCGCCCAUUGAGGAGUGCAGAUACAAGCUGUACCAGGAGAUGUUUGCCUGGAAGAUGGUCAUCCUGUCCCUCCCCAGGAUCCAGAGUCAGAGGUACCAGGUGGGUGUCCACUAUGAAUUGACCGAAGAAGAAAAAUUCUACCGGAAUGCUUUGACGCGGAUGCCCGAUGGCCCCAUGGCCCUGGAGGAGUCGUAUUCUGCAGUAAUGGGCAUCGUGACUGAGGUCGAGCAAUAUGUCAAGGUUUGGCUGCAGUACCAGUGUCUGUGGGAUAUGCAAGCUGAAAACAUCUAUAACAGACUCGGGGAAGAUCUAAACAAGUGGCAGGCUCUCCUGGUCCAGAUACGGAAGGCCAGAGGAACCUUUGACAAUGCAGAGACCAAGAAGGAGUUUGGACCGGUCGUUAUAGACUACGGCAAGGUGCAGUCAAAAGUGAACCUCAAGUACGAUUCUUGGCAUAAGGAAGUUCUCAGCAAGUUUGGGCAGAUGCUGGGCUCCAACAUGACCGAAUUCCAUUCCCAGAUCUCCAAGUCUCGCCAAGAGCUGGAGCAGCACUCGGUGGACACGGCCAGCACCUCGGACGCGGUGACCUUCAUCACCUACGUGCAGUCUCUGAAGCGGAAGAUCAAGCAGUUUGAGAAGCAGGUUGAGGGCAACCUGCGCCCGGAGGAGGCGCUCCAGGCUCUUACCAUCUAUGAAGGGAAGUUUGGCAGGCUGAAGGACGACAGAGAGAAGUGUGCCAAGGCCAAGGAGGCGCUGGAGCUGACGGACACGGGGCUCCUCAGUGGCAGCGAGGAGCGUGUGCAGGUGGCCUUGGAAGAACUCCAGGACCUCAAAGGCGUGUGGUCAGAACUUUCUAAGGUCUGGGAGCAAAUCGAUCAGAUGAAGGAGCAGCCCUGGGUUUCAGUGCAGCCUCGAAAGCUUCGGCAAAAUCUAGAUGGCCUGUUGAACCAGCUGAAGAACUUCCCCGCACGGUUGCGGCAGUACGCGUCCUACGAGUUCGUGCAGAGGCUGCUGAAGGGCUACAUGAAGGUUAACAUGCUGGUGAUCGAGCUGAAGUCGGAGGCCCUCAAAGACCGCCACUGGAAGCAGCUGAUGAAGAGGCUGCACGUCAACUGGGUGGUCUCUGAGCUCACGCUCGGCCAGAUCUGGGAUGUCGACUUGCAGAAGAAUGAAGCUGUCGUCAAGGACGUACUGCUUGUGGCCCAAGGGGAGAUGGCUCUGGAAGAAUUUUUGAAACAGGUCAUGGACGUUCUCAACAUCCAGGGGGUCCAGCGGUCUCUGGAAAGGUUGGCAGACCUGCUAGGAAAGAUCCAGAAGGCAUUGGGAGAGUACCUGGAACGAGAGCGGUCAUCUUUCCCCAGGGCGGACUCCGUGCUGAUGGAGCAGCCGCCGCUGCGCAGGAGAAAGCUGGAGCACCUGAUCACAGAGUUAGUCCACCAGAGAGAUGUUACCAGAUCCUUGAUGAAAAGCAAGGUCGACAACCCCAAGUCCUUUGAGUGGCUCAGCCAGAUGCGCUUCUACUUUGACCCCAAGCAGACAGAUGUGUUACAGCAGUUGUCCAUCCAGAUGGCCAACGCCAAGUUCAACUAUGGCUUUGAGUAUCUAGGCGUCCAGGACAAGCUGGUCCAGACCCCCCUCACAGACCGCUGCUACCUGACCAUGACACAGGCCUUGGAGGCCAGGCUUGGAGGGUCACCCUUUGGACCUGCAGGGACUGGGAAGACAGAGUCCGUCAAAGCUCUUGGCCAUCAGCUGGGACGGUUCGUGUUGGUUUUCAACUGUGACGAAACCUUUGACUUCCAGGCCAUGGGCCGCAUCUUUGUGGGCCUCUGCCAGGUGGGCGCGUGGGGCUGCUUCGACGAGUUCAACCGCCUGGAGGAGCGCAUGCUCUCGGCCGUGUCCCAGCAGGUGCAGUGCAUCCAGGAGGCCCUGCGCGAGCACUCCAACCCCAACUACGACAAGACCUCUGCCCCCAUCACUUGUGAGCUGCUGAACAAACAAGUCAAGGUGAGCCCGGACAUGGCCAUCUUCAUCACCAUGAACCCUGGCUACGCGGGCAGGUCCAACCUCCCGGACAACCUGAAGAAGCUGUUCCGGAGCCUGGCCAUGACCAAGCCCGACCGGCAGCUCAUCGCCCAGGUCAUGCUGUACUCCCAGGGCUUCCGCACCGCCGAGGUGCUCGCCAACAAGAUCGUCCCCUUCUUCAAGCUAUGUGAUGAGCAGCUCUCCUCCCAAAGCCAUUAUGACUUUGGACUCCGGGCUUUGAAGAGUGUGUUGGUCAGUGCUGGAAACGUGAAGAGGGAGAGGAUUCAGAAGAUCAAGAGGGAGAAGGAGGAACGAGGAGAAGCAGUAGAUGAAGGAGAAAUUGCCGAAAAUCUGCCCGAGCAGGAGAUCCUCAUUCAGAGCGUCUGUGAGACAAUGGUGCCAAAGCUGGUGGCUGAGGACAUUCCACUGCUGUUCUCCCUCUUGUCGGACGUGUUCCCAGGGGUCCAGUACCACCGAGGGGAGAUGACCGCCCUGCGAGAAGAGCUCAGGAAAGUGUGUCAGGAGAUGUACUUGACCUACGGCGAUGGCGAGGAGGUUGGCGGGAUGUGGGUGGAAAAGGUCCUCCAGCUCUAUCAGAUUACCCAGAUAAACCACGGCCUCAUGAUGGUGGGGCCCUCGGGCAGCGGGAAGAGCAUGGCCUGGCGUGUGCUACUCAAGGCUCUGGAGAGACUCGAGGGGGUGGAGGGCGUGGCCCACAUCAUCGACCCCAAGGCCAUCAGCAAAGACCACCUUUACGGAACCCUGGACCCCAACACCAGGGAGUGGACCGAUGGGCUGUUCACACAUGUUCUGAGGAAGAUCAUUGACAACGUACGGGGCGAGCUGCAGAAGCGCCAGUGGAUCGUCUUUGAUGGCGAUGUUGACCCGGAGUGGGUGGAGAACCUGAACUCGGUGCUGGACGACAACAAGCUCCUGACUCUGCCCAACGGGGAGCGCCUCAGCCUGCCCCCCAACGUGCGGAUAAUGUUUGAGGUGCAGGACCUGAAGUACGCGACGCUGGCCACCGUGUCGCGCUGCGGCAUGGUUUGGUUCAGCGAGGACGUGCUGAGCACGGACAUGAUCUUUAACAACUUCCUGGCCAGACUGCGCAGCAUCCCCCUGGAUGAAGGGGAGGACGAGGCGCAGCGCCUGCGUAAGGGCAAAGAGGAUGAAGGGGAGGAGGCUGCAUCCCCGAUGCUGCAGAUCCAGAGGGACGCGGCCACCAUCAUGCAGCCGUACUUCACGUCCAACGGGCUGGUCACCAAGGCCUUGGAGCACGCCUUCAAGCUGGAGCACAUCAUGGACCUGACGCGGCUCCGCUGCCUGGGCUCGCUCUUCUCCAUGCUGCACCAGGCCUGCCGCAACGUGGCGCAGUACAAUGCCAACCACCCCGACUUCCCCAUGCAGGUUGAGCAGCUGGAGCGCUACGUCCAGCGCUAUCUGGUCUAUGCAAUACUCUGGUCCUUGUCUGGAGACAGUCGGCUGAAGAUGAGGGCGGAGCUGGGUGAAUACAUCCGGAGAAUCACCACUGUGCCCCUGCCCACGGCACCCAACGUCCCCAUCAUCGACUAUGAGGUCUCCAUCAGUGGCGAGUGGUCACCGUGGCAGUCCAAGGUGCCACAGAUUGAGGUGGAAACGCACAAGGUCGCAGCCCCCGAUGUGGUCGUGCCCACCCUGGACACCGUCCGCCAUGAGGCCCUCCUAUACACAUGGCUGGCUGAGCACAAGCCCUUGGUCCUGUGCGGCCCUCCCGGCUCUGGCAAGACCAUGACACUUUUCAGCGCCCUCAGGGCCUUGCCGGACAUGGAGGUGGUAGGUCUCAACUUUUCGAGCGCCACCACCCCCGAGCUGCUGUUGAAGACGUUUGAUCAUUACUGCGAGUACCGACGUACACCCAAUGGGGUGGUGCUGGCUCCCGUCCAGCUCGGGAAGUGGCUGGUGUUGUUCUGUGAUGAAAUCAACUUACCAGACAUGGACAAGUACGGGACGCAGAGGGUCAUAUCUUUCAUCAGACAGAUGGUGGAGCAUGGGGGCUUUUACCGAACCUCUGACCAGACAUGGGUGAAGCUGGAGCGAAUCCAGUUUGUGGGGGCCUGCAACCCGCCCACAGACCCGGGAAGAAAGCCUCUCUCGCACAGGUUCCUACGCCACGUGCCUGUCGUGUAUGUGGACUACCCAGGACCUGCCUCGCUCACGCAGAUCUACGGCACCUUCAACCGGGCCAUGCUAAGGCUCAUCCCGUCCCUGCGCACCUACGCCGAGCCCCUCACAGCUGCCAUGGUGGAGUUCUACACCAUGUCUCAGGAGAGGUUCACCCAGGACACACAGCCCCAUUACAUCUACUCACCCCGUGAGAUGACGAGAUGGGUGAGGGGCAUCUUUGAAGCUCUGAGGCCUCUGGAGACGCUGCCGGUCGAAGGCCUGAUUCGGAUUUGGGCACAUGAAGCCCUCCGUCUCUUCCAGGACAGGCUUGUCGAGGAUGAGGAGCGGCGCUGGACCGACGAAAACAUCGACAUGGUCGCUCUGAAGCACUUCCCCAACAUAGACAAGGAGAAGGCCAUGAGCCGGCCCAUCCUGUACAGCAACUGGCUGUCGAAGGAUUACAUCCCAGUAGACCAAGAAGAGUUAAGAGAUUAUGUCAAAGCAAGGUUGAAAGUCUUCUAUGAAGAAGAACUUGAUGUCCCGCUGGUCCUGUUUAAUGAGGUCUUAGACCACGUGCUCCGGAUUGACCGAAUAUUCCGUCAACCUCAAGGCCACUUGCUUCUGAUUGGCGUUAGCGGAGCAGGAAAAACGACCCUGUCACGCUUUGUUGCCUGGAUGAACGGCCUGAGUGUGUACCAGAUUAAGGUCCAUAGAAAGUACACAGGGGAGGAUUUUGAUGAAGAUCUUCGGACAGUGUUGAGACGUUCUGGGUGUAAAAAUGAAAAAAUAGCCUUUAUAAUGGAUGAAUCCAACGUGCUGGACUCCGGCUUCCUGGAGCGAAUGAACACCCUUCUGGCCAACGGAGAGGUGCCUGGUCUCUUCGAAGGGGACGAGUAUGCCACCCUGAUGACCCAGUGUAAAGAGGGGGCGCAGAAGGAGGGCCUGAUGCUGGACUCGCACGAGGAGCUGUACAAGUGGUUCACCAGCCAGGUCAUCCGCAACCUCCACGUCGUGUUCACCAUGAACCCGUCGUCUGAGGGCCUCAAGGACCGGGCGGCCACUUCACCGGCGCUUUUCAACAGGUGUGUGUUGAACUGGUUUGGAGACUGGUCCACGGAGGCGCUUUACCAGGUUGGCAAAGAAUUCACCAGUAAAAUGGACCUGGAGAAGCCAAACUACGUCGUCCCCGACUACAUGCCUGUCGUGUACGACAAACUGCCGCAGCCACCAUCCCAUCGGGAGGCCAUCGUGAACAGCUGUGUGUUUGUGCACCAGACGCUUCACCAGGCUAACGCUCGGCUGGCCAAACGCGGUGGCAGGACGAUGGCCAUCACCCCGCGCCACUACUUGGACUUCAUCAACCACUACGCCAACCUGUUCAAUGAGAAGCGGAGCGAGCUCGAGGAGCAGCAGAUGCACCUGAACGUUGGGCUCCGGAAAAUCAAGGAGACGGUCGACCAGGUCAUGAGCCAGGAGAUUCAGGAGCAGCUGCAUAAGCAGCAGGAGGUCAUUGCCGACAAGCAGAUGAGUGUCAAAGAGGACCUGGACAAGGUGGAGCCUGCUGUCAUCGAGGCCCAGAACGCCGUGAAGUCCAUCAAGAAGCAGCACCUGGUGGAGGUGCGCUCCAUGGCCAACCCGCCAGCGGCCGUGAAGCUGGCGCUCGAGUCCAUCUGCCUGCUGCUGGGGGAGAGCACGACUGACUGGAAGCAGAUCCGCUCGGUCAUCAUGCGCGAGAACUUCAUCCCCACCAUCGUCAACUUCUCAGCCGAGGAGAUCAGGUAUCCGCUCAUCAUCGACCCCUCGGGACAGGCCACAGAAUUCAUCAUGAACGAGUACAAGGACCGGAAGAUCACGCGCACCAGCUUUCUGGAUGACGCCUUCCGGAAGAACCUGGAGAGUGCACUGAGGUUCGGGAACCCUCUCCUGGUCCAGGAUGUGGAAAGCUAUGAUCCGGUCUUAAAUCCAGUCCUGAACCGUGAAGUCCGACGAACAGGAGGGAGGGUGCUGAUCACGCUUGGUGACCAGGACAUAGACCUGUCGCCCUCAUUCGUCAUCUUCCUGUCCACCAGAGACCCCACGGUUGAGUUCCCACCAGAUCUCUGCUCCCGCGUCACUUUUGUGAACUUCACCGUCACCCGUAGCAGCUUACAGAGCCAGUGUCUCAACGAAGUGCUUAAAGCAGAAAGGCCUGACGUGGAUGAGAAGCGCUCCGACCUGCUGAAGCUUCAAGGGGAGUUCCAGCUGCGGCUGCGACAGCUGGAGAAGUCUCUGCUGCAAGCCCUGAACGAGGUGAAGGGUCGCAUCCUGGACGACGACACCAUCAUCACCACGCUGGAGAACCUCAAGCGAGAGGCCGCCGAGGUCACGAGGAAGGUGGAGGAGACCGACAUCGUCAUGCAGGAGGUGGAGACGGUGUCACAGCAGUACCUGCCGCUCUCCACGGCCUGCAGCAGCAUCUACUUCACCAUGGAGUCCCUGAAGCAGAUUCACUUCCUGUACCAGUACUCCCUGCAGUUCUUCCUGGACAUCUACCACAACGUCCUGUACGAGAACCCGAACUUGAAGGGCAUCACGGACCACACGCAGCGCCUCUCCAUCAUAACCAAGGACCUCUUCCAGGUGGCCUUCAACCGUGUGGCUCGCGGCAUGCUGCACCAGGACCACAUCACCUUCGCCAUGCUGCUGGCGAGGAUCAAGCUGAAGGGCACCAUUGGGGAGCCUGCCUACGAUGCUGAGUUCCAGCACUUCCUGAGGGGCAAGGAGAUGGUCCUGAGUGCAGGCUCGACCCCCAAAAUCGCGGGCCUGACUAUCGAGCAGGCCGAGGCGGCCAUGAGGCUGAGCUGCCUCCCAGCAUUCAAGGACCUGAUCGGGAAGGUGCAGGCCGACGAGCAAUUCGGCAUCUGGCUGGACAGCAGCUCCCCGGAGCAGACGGUGCCCUACCUCUGGAGUGAGGACGCUCCUGCCACUCCCAUUGGACAGGCCAUCCACCGCCUGCUACUGAUCCAGGCCUUCCGGCCUGACCGCCUGCUGGCCAUGGCCCACACGUUCGUGUCCACGAACCUCGGCGAGUCCUUCAUGUCCAUCAUGGAGCAGCCGCUCGAUCUGACCCACAUCGUGGACACGGAGGUGAAGCCAAACACCCCUGUCCUGAUGUGCUCUGUGCCUGGCUACGAUGCCAGCGGGCACGUGGAGGACCUGGCAGCCGAGCAGAACACCCAGAUCACCUCCAUCGCCAUCGGCUCAGCGGAAGGCUUUAACCAGGCAGACAAGGCGAUCAACACGGCCGUGAAGUCCGGCAGGUGGGUGAUGCUGAAGAACGUGCACCUGGCGCCCGGGUGGCUGAUGCAGCUGGAGAAGAAGCUGCACUCCCUGCAGCCGCACGCCUGCUUCCGGCUCUUCCUCACCAUGGAGAUUAACCCCAAGGUGCCCGUGAACCUGCUCCGCGCUGGCCGCAUCUUCGUGUUCGAGCCCCCUCCUGGCGUAAAGGCGAACAUGCUGAGGACCUUCAGCAGCAUCCCUGUCUCCAGGAUCUGCAAGUCUCCCAAUGAGCGUGCCCGCCUAUACUUCCUGCUGGCCUGGUUCCACGCCAUCAUCCAGGAGCGCCUCAGAUACGCCCCCCUGGGGUGGUCCAAGAAGUACGAGUUUGGGGAGUCAGACCUGCGCUCGGCCUGUGACACCGUGGACACGUGGCUGGACGACACAGCCAAGGGAAGGCAGAAUAUCUCUCCAGACAAGAUCCCGUGGUCGGCGCUCAAGACCUUGAUGGCCCAGUCCAUCUACGGGGGGCGUGUGGACAAUGAGUUUGACCAGCGCCUGCUCAACACCUUCCUGGAACGCCUGUUCACAACCAGGAGCUUCGACAGUGAGUUCAAGCUGGCCUGCAAGGUGGACGGGCACAAGGACAUUCAGAUGCCCGAUGGCAUCAGGCGUGAGGAGUUCGUACAAUGGGUGGAGCUGCUCCCUGACACGCAGACGCCUUCCUGGCUGGGCCUGCCCAACAAUGCUGAGAGGGUCCUGCUCACCACGCAGGGCGUGGACAUGAUCAGCAAGAUGUUGAAGAUGCAGAUGCUGGAGGACGAGGACGACCUGGCGUACGCAGAGGCCGAGAAGAAGACGCGCACGGACUCCACGUCCGACGGGCGCCCCACCUGGAUGAGGACGCUGCACACCACCGCCUCCAACUGGCUGCAGCUGAUUCCCCAGACGCUGACCCACCUCAAGCGGACCGUGGAGAACAUCAAGGAUCCCUUAUUCCGAUUCUUCGAGCGAGAGGUCAAGAUGGGCGCCAAGUUGCUCCAGGAUGUUCGUCAGGAUCUUGCCGACGUCGUGCAAGUGUGUGAAGGGAAGAAGAAGCAGACCAACUACCUGCGUACACUCAUCAAUGAGCUGGUGAAAGGGAUCCUGCCACGGAGCUGGUCCCACUACACGGUGCCAGCCGGCAUGACCGUCAUCCAGUGGGUGUCCGACUUCAGUGAGAGGGUCAAACAGCUGCAGAGCAUCUCCCUGGCCGCAGCGUCUGGCGGCGCCAAGGAGCUGAAGAACAUCCACGUGUGCCUAGGCGGCCUCUUUGUACCCGAGGCCUACAUCACCGCCACCAGGCAGUACGUGGCGCAGGCCAACAGCUGGUCCCUGGAGGAGCUCUGCCUGGAGGUCAAUGUCACCACCUCACAGAGCGCCACGCUCGACGCCUGCAGCUUUGGGGUCACAGGCCUGAAGCUGCAGGGGGCCACGUGCAGCAACAACAAGCUGUCGCUCUCCAACGCCAUCUCGACCGUCCUCCCCCUCACACAGCUCCGCUGGGUCAAACAGACGAACACGGAAAAGAAGACGAGCGCGGUGACCUUGCCUGUCUACCUGAACUUCACACGUGCGGACCUCAUCUUCACCGUCGACUUUGAAAUCGCGACCAAGGAGGACCCGCGCAGCUUCUACGAGCGUGGCGUUGCCGUCCUGUGCACAGAGUAA